AUGCAAGAAAUUGGUUUGAUCGCAUUUUUGGACAUGAAUUGCUUAAGUUUUCAGAGACUUUGGGUUCUCUUUUCUAUUAUAUUAUUAUCUUUGAUUAUUGUCGGAAACGAAGCCAAUUCACAAGUUCAAGAAAAUCCAUCAAUUAAUUUAUCAGAAUCAGCAGUAGCUCAUUUACAAUGCCCUUACGUACGAGCACUUUCAGAACAAAAAAAGGAGAAAUUAGAAAAUGAAAGUAGUAAUAUAACAAAAACAAUUUUUUCGUAUCUUUUCCCCGGAAGUCCACGUGUAAAUUCCCUUCUUGGGACGCUUUACAUUUCUUCAAUACCUAAUUUCAUAUUGUAUUUCGUACCACCCGAUAUUAAACCUUCAUCAUUAAAUUCAUUGGUUAGUUUUGCAGUAGGAGGAUUAUUAGGGGACGUAUUUUUACAUCUAUUACCUCAUUCAUUCUUAGGAGAGAAUAACGAUGAAGUAGUUCAUUUUGUGCAGGUAGAAGAACAAAAAAAUGUUGUGAUUGGGUUGGCAAUUUUUGUGGGAUUGACCACAUUUUUUGUGAUUGAUAAAUUAAUGAGGGUCGCAAAUGGAGAAGGUCAUUCACACGCACAUUAUGAGAAGGAACAUGAACAUGAUGAACUUCAACGCGAUAGUACAGGUAAAACAACAGCCAUAAAAGAUAAUUCAUCGCUUCGAAAGCGAUCAUCCACUAACGAAACCACGUUUCGUGAAGAAAAAAUACCUUCUAAUCAACCAUCAAACAGUAUAAAAUUAUCGGCAUAUCUUAAUCUCAUAGCAGAUGCCACACAUAAUUUUACUGAUGGAUUAGCGAUGGCUGCAUCAUUUUACACAUCACCAAGCAUCGGAGCAACUACAACCGUAGCUGUUUUUUUUCAUGAAAUACCUCAUGAGAUUGGUGAUUACGCAAUAUUGAUUCAAAGUGGGUUCACUAAGAGGCGUGCUAUGCUUUCUCAAUUCAUAACAGCCAUUGGAGCUUUUCUCGGGACUUUAGCUGGUAUUGCUAUUGAAGAAUAUAGUAGAGGAGAACAUCAUAUUAAUAAUAGUAACGCUACUGUUAAUAAAGUUGAUGGAAUUUUAGGUACAGGUGUUGUGCUUGGUGAUUUAGUUAUACCGUUUACUGCCGGUGGAUUUUUAUAUAUUGCAACUGUUGGUGUUAUUCCUGAAUUAUUAAAUGUUACUGGAAAUUUAUCUCGGGAUAUAAAACAAGCGGCAACUGAAUUUUUUACUAUGUUUAUUGGUGUUUCUAUGAUGGCGAUUAUUGCUUGGAAUGAAGGUGCAUGA